GACCGGCCGCCCCUGCUUGCAGGCCCGGGUGGAACGCAUGGAGCAGUUUCAGAAGGAGAAAGAGGAACUGGACCGAGGCUGCCGGGAAUGCAAGCGCAAGGUAGCCGAGUGCCAGCGCAAGCUGAAGGAGCUGGAGGUGGCCGAGGGCAGCGGCCAGGUGGAGCUGGAGCGGCUGCGAGCUGAGGCGCAGCAGCUGCGCAAAGAGGAGCGGAGCUGGGAGCAGAAGCUGGAGGACAUGCGCAAGAAGGAGAAGAGCAUGCCCUGGAAUGUGGACACGCUCAGCAAAGAUGGCUUCAGCAAGAGCAUGGUCAAUACCAAGCCUGAGAAGGCAGAGGAAGACUCAGAAGAGGCAAGGGAGCAGAAACACAAGACCUUCGUUGAAAAGUACGAGAAACAGAUCAAACAUUUCGGCAUGCUCCACCGAUGGGAUGACAGCCAGAAAUACCUGUCAGACAAUGUCCACCUGGUGUGUGAGGAGACAGCCAACUACCUGGUUAUCUGGUGCAUUGACCUGGAAGUGGAAGAGAAAUGUGCGCUGAUGGAGCAGGUGGCGCACCAGACCAUGGUGAUGCAGUUUAUCCUGGAGCUGGCCAAGAGUCUGAAGGUCGACCCACGCGCCUGCUUCCGGCAGUUUUUCACCAAGAUCAAGACCGCUGACCAGCAGUACAUGGAGGGCUUCAAGUAUGAACUGGAGGCCUUUAAGGAGCGCGUGCGGGGCCGUGCCAAGCUGCGAAUAGAGAAGGCCAUGAAGGAGUAUGAGGAGGAGGAGCGCAAGAAGAGGCUGGGCCCUGGUGGCCUGGACCCUGUGGAGGUCUACGAGUCCCUGCCGGAGGAGCUGCAGAAAUGCUUUGAUGUGAAGGAUGUGCAGAUGCUGCAGGACGCCAUCAGCAAGAUGGAUCCCACCGAUGCCAAGUACCACAUGCAGCGAUGCAUCGACUCUGGCCUCUGGGUCCCCAACUCCAAGUCUGGUGAGGCCAAGGAGGGGGAGGAGGCGGGCCCCGGGGACCCAUUGCUGGAAGCCGUCCCCAAAGCGGGCAACGAGAAAGACGUCAGUGCGUGACCUGCCCCAGCCACUGCCACCGCCUGCAGGCCUCUGCGGGCCCUCCUCCAGAAAAGGAAACCUAGCCACCAUGUCCCUAGCUCCUGACUUCCUUCACUUCUGCUGCUCCUCACAUCCUGGCCCAUGGCCUGACCCACAUCCCCCGUCUCCGGCCUGUCCCCAGCACUCAUCAGACUCUGCUUCGGGUUGAGGGGCUCUGCUGCCUGCGGCCUCCCCACCCCCAUCAGCAUUAUGCCAAAGUCCUGGGGGUCUGGGGAGGGGCAGCAGUUGCCAGGUUGGUCCACCGGGUCGGGCUGCACAUGUCCCCAGCUGGUCAGGGUCUUCCCUAUGGGUCUGUGGUCACUGUUUUUCUUCUGUCUAGCUUUCUGUCCUGCAACUGGCAGCAAUGCCCAAUAAACAGUUCCAGGUG